UGAAUUAAAUUAAUGAGUAAACAGAGAGUGAAAGGACUGGGAAGUAAUGGGAGAAGACUUUCUUUAGGACGCAUGUAACACACUGCUGCACCGAUGUGGCUUGUGAAUCAUGAGUGCUUGGUGCUGCAUCGUGAUCAUGAUGUCCACGAUCAGUACGAGCGUGCUAUCACCAGCACCACAGAAAACUGAAGCUAAAGAAGCCUACGAUCGUCACUAUUGGUACGCACAAGCACAAGAAACGUUGCAGAAACGUCUUCAGUACGCGUCUGAUAAAAAUCCAGUUGCUAAGAAUAUCAUCUUAGUGGUGGGAGACGGUAUGAGUUUGACUACUGCCACAGCAGCCAGGAUCCUCAGAGGGCAGCGGAGAGGCCAGUCUGGAGAAGACACCGACCUCGUAUGGGACACAUUCCCCGCUGUCGCACUAGCAAAGACAUACAAUCUGGAUGCUCAAACUGGCGAGUCGUCGGCGUGUGCCACUGCGCUUUUAUGUGGAGUUAAGGCCCGAUACGAAACAUUAGGCUUGGACGCCGGAGCUCGUUUCAAUAACUGCGCUACUACCAUAGAUUCGAAAGUUACAUCACUUAUAGAUUGGGCUCACGAAGCUGGCAAAUCCAGUGGUAUAGUGACUACUGCAAGAGUCACUCACGCUACACCUGCAGCUUUAUAUGCACAUGCACCAUCAAGAUAUUGGGAGGAUGAUAGUAGAGUACCGCCAAAUGUCAGAAAAGACUGUAAGGAUAUUGCAAUGCAGUUAGUAGAGAACGAACCAGGAAAACAUAUAAACGUAAUUAUGGGUGGUGGAAGACGACAUUUUCUGCCAACAAUAACACCAGAUCCUGAACACCCGAACCGGGAGGGAAGAAGAUUAGAUGGACGGAAUCUCGCUGAAGAUUGGGCCAGAGAAAAGAAGAGGCGGCGGUUACGAGCGCAGUAUAUACAUUCACGUGAACAGUUAGCCAAGCUUGAUCCAAGAUCAGUGGAUUACUUGUUAGGUUUAUUUGAAUAUUCUCAUAUGGAAUUUAAUGCGGAGCGAGGUGCGGUAGCAGAUGCGGAAGAGGGCACGUCUGCUGGAUCAGCGGUGAAGGCUGAUGACCCAUCUUUGGCAGAUAUGACUAGAGCUGCAUUGUCGAUAUUGCUGAAAAAUGAUAAGGGAUUUUUUUUACUAAUUGAAGGGGGUCGUAUAGACCAUGCUCACCAUUACAACAAUCCGUAUAGAGCUUUGGAUGAAACUUUAGAAUUAGAAACAGCUCUCUUAGCCGCUUUAGAAAGAGUUAAUCCAACCGAAACUCUAAUUGUGGUUACAGCUGAUCAUGGUCAUGUUAUGACUUUUGGUGGUCAAGCUACACCCCGAGGACAUCCCGUACUAGGUGCGGACACAGUGGCUUCCGAUAUCGAUGGCUUACGGUACACGACGCUUCUCUAUGGGACCGGUCCAGGUCACUCCGAGCCAAGGGCUCUUCCAGUAAAUUCAACAACUUUAUACCCUGAUGCAGUGCACGCUUCUGCUGUACCAAGACAAUGGGCCACGCAUGGAGCUGAAGACGUACCGGUUUAUGCUUUAGGUCCAAUGGCAACGAUAUUAUUUACUGGUGUUGUAGAACAAAGCUAUAUCCCACAUGCCAUAGCUUAUGCUGCCUGCUUCGCUCACCAAUCAAGACGGUGUCAAGUAAAGGCGAACUAUACGCAAACGCCGGUAAAAGUUCCCAACUGCGUGCCACCUGAGGUGAGCAGUGUUGCCGCUGCAGAAGAAACAAGAAAUGACGGUUCAAGUGGCCGGCGUAUUGUAAUUGCAUCAAGCGUCAUGUCAGACGAGCGGGCGACUCGGUCUGCCGCUACGCUUUCCGCUCAGCUCAUAAAACUGAGCUGUCUUAUAUCAACCUUGUUACACUUCAUAUCGUACUUUAACUUCUUGUUUAUAAUUCAGUGACACAAUUUCACAUCACAUCACAAAUUUGAUUAAUUUACGACACUGUAAUAUCAACUGUUGAAAUUGGCUUUAGUACAAAUUUUGUUUAUUAAAUGAAUUCGGUACAUGUUAUUAAUUAUGAAUUAGCUACACAAUUUUGACAUAUGAUAUGAUUGUGUUGUAUAAAUAUGUGUACAGGGAACGAAUUUAGAUACACCUGGUG